CCUCGGAACAAUGAAUCGACAGCCAAGCUCGCAGCCUUCUCAGAAACCAUCGAGAAUGAACGUAUCUCAGCCUGGAGGACCAACGAAUGCCGACUUGGCGAGUAUUUUUGAAUGUCCUGUGUGUUUUGAUUAUGUUCUUCCUCCAAUUCUUCAAUGUAGCAGCGGCCAUUUAGUGUGCUCGAACUGCCGACCCAAAUUGACUUGUUGCCCAACAUGUCGUGGGCCUUUGGGCAGUAUCCGAAAUCUGGCGAUGGAAAAGGUUGCCAACACGGUAUCGUUCCCCUGUAAGUAUGCUUCGGCUGGCUGUGAAGUAAACUUACCACAUAAUGAAAAACCGGAACACGAAGAAUCUUGCGAGUUUCGUCCCUACUCAUGUCCUUGUCCUGGGGCUUCUUGUAAAUGGCAAGGUUCGCUGGACUCGGUCAUGCCUCAUCUGAUGCACGCUCAUAAAUCCAUCACAACCCUUCAGGGAGAAGACAUCGUUUUCUUAGCUACUGACAUAAACCUUCCUGGCGCCGUAGACUGGGUAAUGAUGCAAUCUUGCUUUGGACAUCAUUUCAUGUUAGUGCUCGAAAAACAGGAGAAAAUCGAGGGACUUCAACAGUUUUACGCUAUUGUACAGUUAAUUGGAACUCGUAAACAAGCAGAGAAUUUCGUCUAUCGUCUUGAAUUAAAUGGAAACCGACGAAGGCUUGCCUGGGAAGCUACACCGCGAAGUAUACACGAAGGAAUCGCCUCUGCUAUCUUAAACAGCGAUUGCCUCGUAUUUGAUACAAAUAUUGCUCACUUAUUUGCCGACAAUGGAAAUCUGGGAAUAAAUGUUACGAUAUCUAUGGUCAGUUAAAAGGUAUUUAUGUAUCUUUGGCAGUCACAUGUAAUCCAAGUCACUAUUUGCAUUACUUUAUUUUCUUUUGUUCCUUAUUUGGGGAAUCUGCUUCCCAAUCCUAAAAUCUAAAUCUUAAAAAUGUACUUCAGUAACAAUUGUUUUUAGGAAUGAUUGUGAGUACUCUUUUCAGCAUAAGUGAUGAGAGGAAAUGAAAAGAAUUGCUAGUUGGUGUUUGGUUUAGUAACAAUUAAAUCAAGUUUACCCCCAAUUCAGUUUACAUAGUCCAAUUCCCCCUUCCACCUAGUUUUUGAGUGAAAAAUUCUUAAGGUACGUGAACACAACCAGGUUGAUAAGCUGUUGAACCUAACAAGCAUUAUGUUAUUCUUGCUCUAGACUGGUCAAAGUGCUACAUAGGCACCUUUUCAAGUCCUUGAUUUAUACAAAAGGACAUGUACAGUUUAAGGGGUUUAGACAAGCCAUUAAGUAAAUUGUAUAAUUUCGUACUAUAUAAGGGUUCUUUGUCAGUAUUGGGAGUAGUUUGUCAGCUUUAUUCAAUAGUUGAAUAUUCUUACAUCCUUAAAAAGUGCGCUGUAUUUUUUUUAGUUUGGAAAACAAAAUAUCCUGAGAACCUAAUUAGCAAGCUCAAUUCAUCCAGGAAAUAUUGAAUUAUGAGUUCAGUUUUAUUUAUGUGAGGAACAAAACAGUGUCAAUCUUGCGUCAAAUGUGAUUGGAGAUACAAAUAAAGAGGAUUGGUGGCAAAAGUUUUUUCAAGACUUCCUGUGACCUUCAUGAUUUAAAUUACAGUCAACAGGACAUGAUAAAACCACAAACACUUCCUUGAAGGAAAUAUCAAAGGCAAUGUAAAAAAAAAAAACUUUCCUUAAUUUUGGUCCUUGAAAGGACAAUUAUUUUGCUCUUAGGAUCAUAACAUUGGUUUGGUGCUGUAUAAAUUGGGAAAAUUUAUUUCCAAAGAGACCACCUUUAGACUGAUAAAAGCUGAAAUUCUGAGAUUUUACAUGUGCAGUCAGUGAUGGAUGUAACAUAUUGUUUACGCAGUAUAGACCACAUUUUGUGGUCUCAAGGUAGACUUGUCAUAACUAGGUAUGCAUGUAUUAAGUAUUAGUUGGUAUCAAAUGAAAGGUAUUUUUUUUUUUAAGAUUUUGAGUUUGAAUUUUGAAGGUGAUCAAACAGAGGAGGUUUUGAAGUAGUGCAGGUGUAAACAUUGGUGUUUUACAGAUUUACACAUCUUGCAAUGUUUUGUUGCUUUUUUUGAUGUGUUGAUGGAAUGAUAUUUAAAAGAAAUCAAGCUCUAUUUUGAAAGUCAUAUAAUUCUGUUUCUUUAGUUUCUUUAACUUCAUUUCUUUUUUUUUUCAUUAGGUUUUUUUGACAGAAAUUCUUUGCAUAACCUUUAAAGUGACCAGGGUCUAAUUUCUCUAAGUUUAAGAGAAUGAAGGAAAUGAUUGCCAGCCUAAGAAGCUUUGAUUGUUAAGCAAAUUCUCCCUGUCAGUACCAAACCACAUUUCAGUCCUUUUUUGAUGUCAAGUAGAAUUUCAAACUUAAUUUCACUGAAGAGGAACUAGAUCUCCACAUAGGGAUCAAUCUCAACUGCUUUGAGAUAUCAUUUGUAUACUUGCAAGUUUGUAAAUUUUUUUGAGGAAUAGUGUUUAACUGGUGCACAGGCAGGGUUUCAAAAUACCUUUGUAUGUUUUGAGAAUCCAAUCACAUUAUUUUUUGGAAAGGAAAAGUUUGCUAUCAAUUUCAGUGCUGCAAUUUAAUUAAAUUAUUAUUUAGAUAACUUUCUUGAAAAACAUUCCUAGUUAGGUUUUUUUCAAGCUGAAAGCUACUUUUCAGUCGUGGGAAGUAAAUUACCUUUAACAA